AUGAUGCCUCAGACAGUGGGGGCAGCGCGGGUAUGGUGGGACAGUCUACCUAUUGGAGAGAUCGAUAGCUUUGAAGACUCAGAGGCCAAAUUCACGUUGCAAUUUAGCCAACAGAGAAGGCACACAAAGGAUCGAAACAAACUACUUCACAUUCGUCGGAGAGACAAUGAAACGGUGGAGAGUUUUAUCGUCAGAUUUAAUAAAGAGGGCCUGGAAAUCCCAGGUGUCACAAACGAUCUGGCUUGCGGCACUUUCCUACAAGGAGUAAACGAUGAUAAGCUACUAAAAACACUCUAUGGAAGGGAUGGUGUGCCCUCCACCAUAGAAGAGAUCCUGAGGAUAGCCAAGGUGUAUGUUACACAAGAAAAAACUGUAGCAGCCAGUCACGCGGCUAACAGGAAGAAGACAGAGAGCAGCGGAGCUCUAAGGGCAAAUGCAGAGGAGACUGGUACCAAAAGAGUGACAGAAAUCCUGGCCUCCGAAAACCUAAAAUUCAAUCCUCCAAAGCCGUUGAAGGACGCUCCUAACAAAGACACCAGUAAAUACUGUGAUAACCACAAGGAAAGCGGCCAUGAUACCAAUGAUUGCUAUCAGUUGAAGAAGCAAAUUGAGUACUUUGUGAAGGCGGGUAAGUUGGCUCACCUGGUUCGAGAUAUAAAGCAAGGCCCGCCACCCAACAAAGAAGAGGCUGACAAACGGGCAGGUAAAAGACAGCGGGAGUUGAAUAUGGUAUACGCCGACAAGGGAAAGGGAGCAAAACGGAGUUUCUCCACACUCGAACCCUGGAUGCUGGCAACCAUGACAAUCGAACCACGCAUAGAGGAUUUACACCUCACUACUGACCCCCUAAUCAUAUCCGCCGCGGUAGGCGAUUAUAAUAUGAGAAGAAUCCUGGUAGACACCGGGAGUUCUGAAGAUAUCAUCUAUGAGCACUGUUUUAACAGAAUGCAACCAGAAGAUAGAAAAUUGCUUGAGUCAGUACACGCCCCUAUUAAAGGGUUCACUGGUGAAAAGGUUGAUCCAAUCGGCCAAAUUACUUUCCCAGUUACAUUUGGACAAACCCCCCGGGAAAGAGCCAUACUCCUCACGUUUCUUGUGGUACGCGCUGAGUCUUACCAUAAUGUAAUCAUUGGAAGGUUCACCCUGGGGAAACUUGACGCUGUAGUGUCCACGGCACGUGGGUUCAUGAAAUUCCCCACCCCGCGGGGAAUUGCAAUGGUACACCGGGAUAAGCUGGGAGAACACAAGUUAGCAACACUCUGGGAUAAGGCAGAACACAAGUUAGCAACACUCCUGGGCAUCAAGCCAGUCACACAGGGUAAACAUAGCAUUGCUCCUGAUCGAAAAGCGGCGGUAGUCAAAGAAGUGUGA